UCGGUAUUGUUUUGUUCAGGUGACAGUUGGACUUUUAAUGUUUAUAUUAAUUUAUAUAUAGUUUGUAACGCUUCCGUGUUAAAAGCCGCAUUCUUCUUUCUAAAGAUAUACGAGAAACAGAAAUUUACAAUGAGUGUUUUAAAUCCUAAAAAAUAAAGAAGAAUAUAACUAAUUAAUAAGUGUGUCGAAAGGGAAGGAAUUAAGUAGUGCUGUUUCGUCGUAAUGGAGGCACCUUCUUGUGUGUGCAAAUCCUUUACUUUCUGAUUUGUUAUCGCCUGUGCUCUAUACAAACAUAUUUCAAAUUAAUUCAUCGAAGAAUUUGAGAUAUUUCUUUAUCAAUUUACAAUUCGAAGAAUUCUGAUAUCUAACACAGGAAAUCCACAAAGCAAUGAAUUUCAGAUGUCUACUAUUUGCGUCUUUCUAUUGCCUGUAUACACAAUGUAUAAUCUCAACAGUAAAUGCACAAUCGCCAGGUGAUACUAGUCCGAGUAUUGUUAUAGAAAUUGGAGACAGUGCGAAUAUCACUUGUCGCAUGAAUCUGAAAAUGUUUGGUGGACAAAAUAGUACAUCUUUGUAUUUCGUGACGGAUGACCCAAAACACAAAGCUACACCCACAAAUAUUGUGAUUAUAAACGAAACAACGAUUGUUUACACACUACAAAAUGCAAUUGAGCAGUACACAACUUACACUUGCAAAAGUGGGCAAUACGCCAUUGCGAGCACUGACGUCAUUGUGGGUACGAAACCAACAAAAGUUACAGAUUUCAGUUGCCAGGCAUUCGAUUUCAUUUACAUGACAUGCGCUUUCACAAUUCCCCCAAAUAUGGUUCCAACAACAUACAAUUUGAAAUAUGUAACUCAAAAUGCUAAUUAUAUACUUAACUGUAUAAAGUUGGUGAAAGAGGGCGACAGAGCCACUUGCAAUUUCACACUGGACGAUGGCAGCUACAAACCUAACUUCGAGUAUUACAAUUUUCGUUUAUUAAGUAAUAAUACGUUGGGUUCCCUCAAUCAGAAUUUCACUAUAAAUCACAAGGAGAUCGUGAAACCGGCGAUUAGCGACUUUAACGCUGGUAAGAUCUCGAUACAUAGUUGUGUGCUGACGUGGGAAAUGGAACGUUACUCUUCAUACAAACUGAACCGACUACAAAUGGAAGUUCAUUUACACUCGCCACAUUACGAAAAUUGGAAAACUUACACUUGCAACAAAUGCAAUAAUCAUUCAAUAUUUCACCUGCCCAUUGACAAUUUGCCCUACGCCUAUUAUCGAUACAAUGUUAGUUUGCGAAUAAAGAUGCGAAUGCCCGCCGCAACGUGGAGCGAUCCUUAUAGUGUUGUCUUUCAAACGUUGCCCUCUGCGCCAGAGGUGCCGCCAGCGGUUGACGUGAGCAGUUUUUAUUUGAAUGCGACACAUCUCCGCUUGUUUUGGCAUCCCACACCGGAAUAUCAUCGAAAUGGUUCAAAUUUUCAUUACAUUGUGAGGCAGACAAAGGAAAAUGGUGUUGCAGUAAACCAACCACCUCGGCAUAUACAUGUGUCCACCGUGGCUUUUUCAUGGAACAGUGCGUACAGUUACGAAUUUCAAAUCUGGAACAGCAAUGAAAUGGGCGUAUCAUUGAGUAGUAGUCGAAUACGUGUGCCUUCACUCCCGAGGAACUAUGACAACAGAACACCGCUUGGCAUACGAAAUGUCUAUCAUGCGUUGCAACAGGCUUAUACUCUACUGUGGAACGCACCGGAAGAUUCUGCGAUCGUGGAGAGUUAUACGGUUUUUUGGUGUAAGCCCAAAAGUGUCGCCUCCAAUGAGUGUCACAAUAUAAUCGGAUUCAAACAAUUAAAUAAAGAGGCACGCAACUUCACCAUUCAACAAAGUCAACCGCUGGUUUUAGCUGUAGCGGCCAACUACCCAGAUUUUUUCACGGGCAUGCAUUGGGCAAAAUGUACUGCAGAUGUUUCAAAUGACCUAGAAAAAUUGGAACCAGAAAUUGUGGAAAAAAAUGCAUAUUCUAUAGUAGUACGCUGGAGUUCAGAGCGGGUAUGCGCAUCGCUCAUCAAGGGCUACACACUGACCUAUUGCAGAGUAAAAUCCGCAACGAAGUUCAAGUGUUUGGAUACGAAAGUUAUCAUUAAUGUUGACAAAAGCGAUAACAAACAUGAGAUCACUAAUUUAGAACCUGACACUGCGUAUAAAAUGGGAAUGUAUAUGUAUUCGGAUGUGCAGUCUGGUCCAGUAAGCGAUGCGCUAACAUUUCACACACAGGAAGCCGCGCCUACUCCACCACGAAAUCUAACUUACGGCGGCAUUACAAGUCAGUCGGUAUCGCUGGAAUGGAUCUCCCCGCACAAGGCAAAUGGCAAGAUACGAUAUUAUGUUAUUGUUUAUAACCGAGAGAGUCACAUUAUAAAGUGCAGUAAUACAAUCGGCUCGAAUUGCUUUGAAAGCAGUAAGAAAAGUGGACGCUACGGCAGUGAACAUAUUUUCUACACUUUGGCCAACUUGAGUAGUUUCACCAAUUACACCAUCUGCGUGAAAGCGUUCACUGUGGCCGAGUCAUUACCCAGCAAUUGUUUGCAUGUGCAAACUCUAAUCGGAGUGCCUUCAAGUCCAUCAAACACAAAGUUCGAUGAUUCAGGCGAUAUUGUAAUUCAUUGGCAGCCGCCUGAAGUGCCUUCGGGGCGCGUGGACUACUACGAAGUAAUCGUAGAGACCAAACUAAGGGAGCGUGUGGAAAGCCGUCAUAUUUCGCGCAUAAAAAAUAGCAUGAAGUGCACGAUACGAAAGCCAAGUUGCUAUAAUAAUGAUUUCAAGUAUACGAUCGGUGUGCGUGGCGUAAAUGUUGCUUUUGUCAAUGAAAUCGAUCCCAAUCUCAUACAUAUUGAUAACAAUAGUCACUUGCAUGAUAAUUAUGUUACUUCUGGCAAAGAAGAGUUGGGCUGCAUAGAGGCUGCGUCAACUGCACCAUUGCAGGCAGGUGCAGGCAAAAGUGAAUAUAUAGAAUAUAGAUCGGUGGAAGUGAUCGUAUUCAAUUAUGUGUGUGGCACAACGGCAAGAGCUGAUGGCAAAAUUUGGCUCACUAUAUUCGUGUCCAUACUGGGCUCUUCGCUAAUGAUAAUUGGCGGUCUGCUUGUAUACAAAAGAUGCCAUGAAAUGGCAUCCAUUAAUUGUAAGAUACCUGAUCCCUUGAAUGAUUUAGUCAAUCGCAAUGACAACAAACUAAGGGAAAAUGAUGUGGAACGUAUUAUAAAACAACAGUACAACAGUGAAAAUGGACGCUUGCUGCCAAGCAUUUCCAAGGAUUCGGAUUGCUCGAACGACAGCAGUGCGCGUUCAUGGCCUACUACAAAGAGUAGUUAUUACGACAGCACUACUGACAGUGCUGCUGACGACUAUUGCAUUCAAGAUCCAAUGACAUUAUCCAAUGCACAAUUACUGGAAACUGUACCCGAAACGGGCGGUUAUGUGAUCAUGAAGGCACCCAUCACAAGUACUGAAAUGAAACAGAGCACCGCCAAUAUGUUGCAUUCAAAUGAAAUGGAAAAUGGUUAUGUGCGCCCGGGUGCAAUACUACAGCCAAGUGCGACCGAAAAACCCUUCACUAUCAAUUGGCCAAUGGGCGCCGAAGACGACGGCUAUGUGCAUCCAAAUAGUAGACAGGCAUUUAAUUGGCCACAACAAGAAGCGCAUACUGGGCGCAAUGCGGCAGCAAAUGUAAAUAGCACAAUUUAUUUGCCUACUGCGCGGUAGAAUUGAGGUGUCAGCAGGUGUAGGUGGAUGAGGUGCGCAGUACACAAGUGUCCUUAAAUGCGUAAGAAGCGAAAAGUUAACAGGAUAUACAAAAGAGAAAAUUGUUGUUGAUUUUUUUUUAUUUGCUACAGCAUUUAACAAUUUAGUUUUUAAUGAUUGUUAUGUAACGUAUUUAUUAAUUUGUUUCCAAGUAGCAUACGCGCACCCAAAAGGUGCGGCCAAUAAGUCACAUUUUACUACACAUCACUGGUAUUAGUAAAUAUUUAUUAUAGCUUUAAAUAGCAGCGAAUAGCGAUUGUAACACGAAUAGUGGAGAGAGAGAGAGGUGAGUUUGUGUAUCAAACCGCUGACAUUUGCAGUAUUUAUAAAUAUGUAGAAUCUACAUAACGUCACCAAAAUGUACAAAGGCGUGAUUGUAAACUCGUAGCAGCAAAAAAAAAAAAACAAAAAAAAAAAAUUAAAACAAAAAUUCACCAAAAGCUAUUAGGUUGUUCGGAAAGUAACUUCAUUUUUUUGUGGUGCAAAUGAAAGACAAUCUUAAACCCAGGCCUUUCAGGUGGUCAUAAACAGUUGAAUUCGAUAAAUUUAAGGGGACAGAUACCUGUAAACGGCCAUAUUUUCCCUGAUUUUCAUCGAAAUUAUUUAAAAUGAAGAAGUCA